CGGUGUUUACCUUCACGUCCACCACCAAGUCAUCCGGUGAAUUCCUCUCUCUCUCUCUCCCCACUCUUGCCAAAGCAAAUCAUGGUGACGACCUCACCUCGUCCCUCCUCCCUCCGUUCAUAAAUUUGAUAAACUACAGAUUCUUGCCAUCUUAAAAUAGAUAAGUACUCGCGACGGCCGUAAUUUUUUGGUUAAGAUAAUAGCGUGCGUUCUUCCGUUUUCUGCCCAUCGUGAUGCCAAAAGAUAAUCACCAGUCGCAAUUAUCGUUCUGGAGUGCUUAAUUUCAUCUUCUGAGGCAUACUCAAUACCAGAGUUCGAGUUUUUCCAUCUCUCUCUCUCUCUCUCCUCUCCCCAAGAGAGACGCAUCUGUUUGCAAACGACGGUUGGAUGCUGAUUUUCGUUUGGUUUUUCCCUAUGUGAUAGAGAGUGAGGCCAGAUUUCGAUGGUGCCGUCAUGAGUCAGUGCAGGUGCCCAUGAAAUCUCUAUUUUCUUGCGUGUAGUCAUCCAGAGGGAUUUACUAAGCAUUGAAAGGUCGGGAUCGUUGAUCAAGUGGGGAUUGGAGGUACUUCCGGCUGAAUUGGGGAUUCCUGAAUUGAAAGGAAAAAGGGUUCUUGGUGUUCUGUUUUUCGUUUUAGUGAUUUUUUAUUGCUGGUGUUGAAUUUCCUAUGGGUGGUUGAUUGAGAGUCGGUUACGUGGGAUGGAAGCCUCCGGAGAUGACGACGCCGUCCUCAGCGACGUCGAGGGCGACGAUCCCUCUCCGGCGGCAUUGUUGGGGGAUCUGCCCCCAGAUGCGGCGGCCGAGAAGCUCCGGGAAACGCUGCAGGAACUCGAGCGGGAGCGUCAGGCGAGGCAGGAGGUCGAGAAAACGAAGGCCGAGUUGCAGCAGUCCUUCGGCCGGUUGAAGGUCCUCGCACACGAGGCGAUCAAGAGGCGGGACGAAAUCGGCAAGCAGAGGGACGAGGCCCUGCGUGAAAAGGAAGAGGCAGUUAAGGCACGAGAAAGAGUCGCCCAGGAGUUGGCUGAUGCGUUAAAGGCCAAGGAGGAGGCCCUGAAGCAAAGGGAUGAGAUGGCACGAACAACGGACGAGACGGCGAGGGCGAAGGACUCGUCAAGGGCCGAGAUCGAGACUGCCGCUCAGAUGCUUGUUAGUGGGUCAGAGAGAAUCGCCACCAAGGUCAGUACGUUCAAGAGUUUCUCCGGUGCGCUCCCCAGAUCUUCCAAGUACACUGGGUUGCCUGCCAUCGCCUAUGGCGUGAUCAAGAGAGUAAACGAGAUUGUAGAAGAGCUUCUCAAACAGGUUGAGAGUGCUGCGAAAGGCCGUGAUGAUGUUAGAGUGCAGAUGGAACAGAGGAAUUAUGAGAUCGCCAUUGAAGUUUCUCAGUUGGAAUCAACGAUAAAUGAACUGAAAGAACAACUUGCCAAGAGGACUUCCGAAUUGGAAAGUUGGGAAAAGUCGGCCGCUGCCAAAGAUGCUCGAAUGGCCGAGGUGGAGAGAGAAGCACUGGAGAAGCUGAGCUCGACAGAACAGGAAUGUCAGGAACUGAGGAGGAACCUUGAGGAGCAAACUCUGAAGGCAUUGGGUCUUGAAUCGAAGAUAGAAGCAGAGAGGCCUUUGCUGUUUGAGCAGUUGAAUUAUAUAUCUAAAACCCAUGAACAGCUGUACAACAUAAUCAGGAUGGUUGAUGUCAAUGUAGGCGAUCAGCCAGAGCCAUCUGAAGACUUGUUUCUACCACAAAAAUUGGACUUGAAUGAUAAUCUACGAACUUUUUUGAGUGGAACCAUAUCUGCAUUUGAACUUGCAAAGACUGCAGCGGAGAAAGUGAGUUCUGAAGUGCAGGACAGAAGCUACGAGAAAAAGGAGUUGCAGGAAAGGAUUUCCCACUUGGUCAUGGAGAAAAAGCAUGUAGGUACAUUAUUAAGGAGCGCCUUGUCGAAGAGGAUAACGGCAGAAUCUGUGUCAAGUGACGGCAGCUCUAAGGAGAUGCAAUCGAGAACUAAUGUAGUUCUUAAAGUUGCUGAAAAUGGUCUUCGGAAUUGGGGUUUAGACAUUAGACUUGAUUCGCUUCUUGAAGGUGCCGAAAGCAUGGCUGCCGAUGAUAAACCAAGCACUGGAAACAAAGAGGAGGAUGAAGUCUUUGGGCUGGCUGCUGCUUUGGAGAACAUUGUGAGGGCAUCCCAGCUUGAGAUCAUGGAGUUGCGUAAAACUGUGGAGACACUAAGGGCAGAGGCUGCUCAACUUAAAGGACGCAUUGAGUCUCAGGCCAAGGAAAUUGCACAGAAGAAGCAACAAAUAAAAGUACUCGAGGAGAAGGAGCGAUCAGCCAAUGAGAAUGUUGAAGGGCUUAUGAUGGACAUAUCAGCAGCGGAAGAGGAAAUCACGAGAUGGAAGGUUGCAGCAGAGCAGGAAGCUGCAGCUGGGAAAGCUGUUGAAGAUGAGAAUCAGGCAAAGGUGGAAGCUCUCAAGCAAGAAUUGGAGGAUGCCAAAGAGAGGAUGAGGGAAUCGGAGAGCAAACUUAAAUUCAAAGAAGAGACAGCAGCAGCAGCGAUGGCUGCUCGUGAUGCUGCUGAGUCAUCAUUACGUUUGGCUGAUGCAAGGGCAACAAGGCUAAGGGAGAGGAUGGAGGAGCUGACACGACAGCUUGAAGAACUGGAAAAUCGGGGCGAUUCAAAUUCCAGACAAAGGCCAAGAUAUGUAUGUUGGCCUUGGCAAUGGCUGGGAUUGCAGUUUGUUGGUCACCAUGGUGAUGUGCAGCAGAGUUCCAAUGAGAUGGAACUCUCGGAGCCUCUUCUAUAGUCAAGUCUGGUGUGUUGUAACUUCAAGGUGGAAAAGGGAAAAGAAAAGAAGAAAAAAGUAGAGUUGGUAGCCAAGGUUGCAUUUCCAUGUUUACCGAUGCCCAACUCUUGGCAAUUGGCAAAAUGCUUGCUUUUCUGUUUUCCAUUUUUUAUAGCCCUUGACACGAGCCGAGCAUCAUGCAUGCAAUCACUUUCAACUUCAAUUGCCAAGAAAAGGGGUCAUGUUCUUAUCUCACGACCGUUUUAGUAGAUUAGACUUUAGUGGUUGUAGAUAUGCUAUUUCCAGAAUAGGAAUUCAUUUGAAGGGCUUGAUUGUACUCUCAUCUGUUGCUCAUCCUAUUUUUUUUUGUUAAACAUCGGUUUAUUCAAAUUCCUAUUGCUCUGA